AUGGUGCAGGACGUUCGGAUCAUCGUGCUCUUCGAGGGCCGCGAGUACUCGCUCGAGGUGGACCCGGCCGAGUCGGCCGAGACCCUGGCCUUCCAGCUCUAUUCGCUGUGCGACAUUGCCGACGACGACCAAGUCCUCCUGACGUACGACGGGCAGCUCGUGUCGCCCGAGGACGGCGUGGCCAAGAUCAUCCAGUCGAUGCCACUUCUCUUCUUGUUUCGGCGCAGCGCGGCGAGCGGUAGCUUUGACCCAACGCGCGAUACCGACUGGCGAGAGACGUGUUCGCGGGUCGUGGCCGCAACGACGCCGCUCGUGCAGCUAGCGUACACGCGACAGGAUGGCACCGUGCUCUGCAGCGCGUGUGCAACCACGUGCUCGCCUCCCGACCACCUCGUGACGCCGAUUCUCAAUGACGUGGCAACACGAAACGUCGUUCGCGGGUCCUUUGUCACGGAGCUGGCGGUGGUCAUCGGGGCCAUCGAUGUCUUGCCGCCGACGGGCUUUACAAAGCUGCCCAUGGACCUCCACCACGGGAUGCCAGGUCCUUUUGCCUUUCUCUGCGUCCGCAAAGGCGGCAAGCAAGCGCCGAUCGCGCACAUCCAGGUCGUGCCGGGUCGUACACUGCCACCCGGGUACACAUCGUUGUAUGUGACGGCGACGACGUCGAUCUGCUACCGCCGGGCGCCGCCAUCCCUCUUCCGGUCGCUUGCCGGUUUCGGCGUCCGUGACGUUGCUAUCGGCACGGACCACGCGUCGUCCAUGGUCCCUUGCCGCACGGCGCUCACCUCGUCGGGCGACUGGACGCUCGCAUACGAUCUCGCGCCGUUCGCCGGAACGAUCUGCGGAUCGCACGGUGAAUGCUUGUUUCAAGAGCGUAUUGUCACCGGCCCCGCAGUGUCGUUCACGACUCUCUCGGGCGCCCAAGUUGAAGCAUGUGCCGCGCUGGAGGCCACGCUUCGAACCCAGUGGGCCGCCGCUCAAGCGACUUCGUUUACGGCGUCCGAGGCGUCGCUCCGCAGCACGCUCGAGCACCAGAGCCAGCGCGUGCACGUUUACGAGCGCAAGGACAAGCAGGCCCGCGCACUGGCGGUCGUUCCGGUCGCGACGCUUCAAGCCCGGGCGCGGGCCAACACCAACAGCGUGCACAAGCGUUUUGAAGACGAAGUGCUGCACCAGCUCAUCCACUGGUUCAAGCACGAAUUCUUUUCCUGGAUGAACCAGCCGCCGUGCCAGGUGUGCGGCGAGGCGCCGACGCAGCUCGUACGCACGGACGGCCCGACGACACCGGAAGAGAUCGCGGGCGAAGCGAGUCGCGUCGAAGUGUAUCAGUGCGCUAGCUGCCGCAACCUCACGCGCUUUCCGCGGUACAACGACCCGGUCAAGCUUUUGGAGACACGCACGGGCCGCUGCGGCGAGUGGGCCAACUGCUUUACGCUCUGCUGCCGCGCGAUGGGCUAUGAAGCGCGCUACGUCCUUGACUUUACCGACCACGUGUGGACCGAAGUGUACAGCUCUGAAUACGGCCGCUGGCUGCACUGCGACCCGUGCGAAGACCAGCUCGACUGCCCGCUGACGUACGAAGUCGGCUGGGGCAAAGAGCUUCACUACAUCUUUGCCUUCUCCGUCGACGAAGUUGUCGACGUCAUCCGGCGGUACACGGCGACGUACGAAGGCGGCGUUUUGGACCGGCGCACGCGCGCCCGCGAAGAUUGGCUUGCGGCAGCGAUCGCAGCCAUCAACCAGCGAGUGCAAGCGGCGCUGCCAAGUGCCCGGCGCGAGACGCUGCGGCUCCGCGCGGUGCACGAAGAGGCCGAGCUUGGCGCUGCCAAGCACGCCAAGGCGAGUGAGACCGAAGGGCGUGUGUCGGGCUCGAAAGAGUGGAAAGACUCGCGCCAGGAGAGUGGUGGCAAGACCGAUGAUGCAGCAUCGACGACGACGACGUCAAUGACCGAGUUGACGCCCAACGAUGUGCCACCUUCUCUGUGGCAAUCGCUGCUCGUGCAACUCGUGCAAGGGUGUGUCAAAGCAUGUUGCACCAACCCCUUUUGUCUCCACACGGCCAAGAAGACACCAGGCUUUGAUCUGUCGAGUCAUGUCGCGUCGUCGCUCCAGCGCAUUCCAUCGCUGCAAGCUACCGUCACGUCGCGUCGCGCGUUCGACCAGCUCGUUUGCCCGUCCACUGACGCGAAUAUUCGGAGCCAGCUCUGGGCGGCGUCGCCCAUCGGGUACUGGCCGCUGCAAGACGACGACACGCACGUAGCGGUCGAUGUUUCGGGCCACGAUGCGCAUCUCACGCAUACCUGCCGUGCGGUGAGCAAGCCGAUGGCAACCAAAGUUGACAAGACGACCACCGGCUACCAAUUGCUGCCGCACGAUAUGUUGCGACUGACGGCAGACGUCUCGGCUCAGCCCUGGAGCGUCGUCUUCCUCGUUCAGUGGCACGCGUACGCCAACACGCCGACCGAGUUUGUGCAUCUUCCAGAGCUCGAGUUGCGCCUUGGCCUCACGGGUGACCACCGGCUUGCGCUCACCACGGGAUCGCAGACGACGUCGAGCGCGUUGCCGUUGUCCAUGGACACGACGUACCAUGUGGCACUCGUCCACGACUCUGCGCGCGUCAUCCGUGUCUUUUUGAAUGCGACCGAAAUCGUCUCGCAGGCCGCGACGCCCAGCCCGAGGUCGAUCUCGCUCCUCUUUGGGACGCAGGCGCUGGCGCUGGUGCCGAUUCUGAGCCAUCUCGCGCUGCUCUCGACCGCGCUGGACCCGUCCACGCUCGAGGGCUUGGCGCGGCUAUCGCUGCCCGGCGCCAAGCUGACCGUGGCGGGUGUCAAAGGUGAUACCACCGACAUCCAACACCACGUGUGCACGCUCGAUGCGGCGCAGAUGGACUCGGACUUCGCGCUCUCGUCACUGCACCUGUGGUCGGGUACUUUUUUUGAUGGCCUCCAGUGCGCGUACACGUCAACGAGCGAGACGGUCGAUGGGCCCCAACACGUUGUUGCUGCAGUCAAGGACAAGACGCCAUCCCAUUCGCUGGCGCUUCUCCCCGGCGAAGUCAUCGUGCACGUCUCGGGGCGCCGCGGCGCGUGGACGGACGCGCUGAGCGUCACCACCAACUUUGGUCGCUCGCUCACUGGCGGCGGCAGCGGCGGCAAUCCAUUCGAGAUGGACAUUGCCCCGGGGCACGCCGUCCGCGCGUUUUGCUUUCAUCUCGACGACCAUGUGUAUGGUCCCGUGGUCUUUACAGCGCCGGCGCCCCGCGGUCCAGCGUUUCAAGCGCUCGCGGCGAUCCGGGCCACCGUGAAGGCGGGAACGCUGCUUACGGUGAUCGCGGCAGUGCGCCUGUACCUCGGCAACCUCGUCGCGACGCCCAACGAGCCGAAAGUCCGCAAAAUCAAGAGCUCGAACGCGUAUUUUGCCAAGAAUGUGGCGCUCCUCGACGACGCGACGGUGCAUACCAUCUUCACGGGCGCCAGUUUCGAGGCCGUGACCGAGGGUGGCGACGUGUUCUGGGUCUUCCAAGGCAACCUCCACGCUGCCCACGCCGCCUUGUACGACCUGACGACGUUUGCAGCACUGGUCACCGACGACUAA